CGUCCAGCCUCCAGGAGACCUGCACGGCUUUGAGCCAUGGAGAUAAAGACCCUGCUACUGACCCUCCUGCUGUUCAGGGUGGCGGCCGCCCUGCCGGCCGAGGGCCCUCUGUCCUUCCUCUCAGAAGAGCUGAAUGUCACAGGCACCUGGCACCUAAAAGGUAUGGUGGCCAGCAAGAGCCUGUCGGAGGAGGACAAGCCCAGGAAAGUGUUUCCCAUAAUGAUGAUGGUCCUGGAAGGAGGGGACGUGGAGGCCAAGAUCACCUACAUUAAGAUGGGACGGUGCCAUGAGGAGAAAGUUCUGCUGCGGAAAGCCAAGGAGCCUGGUGAAUACAGCGCCUAUCAGGGCAAGAUGUCCAUACAUAUAGAGGCGCUGUCUGUGCGGGACCACUGCUUCUUUUACACCGAGCAUCUUUCCCAUGGGACCACGAUCCGUGUAGGAAGCCUCGUGGGGAGGACCCCCGAGGAAAACCCGGAGGCCCUGGAGGAAUUUAAGAAAUUCACACAGCAUAAGGGACUCCCGCAGGAGGACAUCUUCAUCCCCGAGCAGAAGGAAAACUGUGUGCCUGAGCACAGCUAGGGAGGGACUGCAUGGUGGCCUGGAGGAAGAUCUCUUCCUGCCUCAAUUCCAUCCCUGCAGAAGAGGCCCCAACCACUGCUCCCUUUUCUGUCACUGUAGCCAACUGGGUCUGAACCUCCUGAAUCUACCAUCCUGGCUCCGGGCCCAGUCUCCUGAACAACUCCACCCUCCAUAACCUCCUGCAAAACCCCUCACCCCACCUGACUCAAAAUAAACAACUUCAGCAGCC